AUGGGGGAGUGGAGUUUCCUGGGAGACUUCCUCGAGAAGGUCCACAAACACUCCACGGUGGUGGGGAAGGUCUGGCUGACCGUGCUCUUCAUCUUCCGGAUGCUGGUGCUGGGAACGGCAGCGGAGUCCUCCUGGGGGGACGAGCAGUCUGACUUCAUGUGCGACACGCAGCAGCCCGGCUGUGAGAAUGUCUGCUACGACAAGGCCUUCCCCAUCUCCCACGUGCGCUUCUGGGUCCUGCAGAUCAUCUUCGUCUCCACCCCGUCCCUGGUGUACAUGGGCCACGCCAUGCACACGGUGCGCAUGGAGGAGAAGAGGAAGAUGAAGGAGGCAGAAAUGGAGGCCCGAGAGAACAAAAAUGGCGGUGACACGUACUACCAGCAGAAAUGCUCCGUGGCAGAGAAGGAGACUAAGCUGUCUGGCUGGGAUGAAGCAGGAGGCCAAAUCAUACUCAGGGGCAGCCUGCUGAACACCUAUGUGUACAGCAUUUUGAUCCGGACCGCCAUGGAAGUGGCCUUCAUUGUGGGGCAGUAUGUCCUGUACGGGAUCUUCCUGGAGACCCUGUACAUCUGCCAGCGGGCACCGUGCCCCCACCCUGUCAACUGCUACGUGUCCCGCCCCACGGAGAAGAACGUCUUCAUCGUCUUCAUGCUGGCUGUGGCAGUGCUCUCCCUCUUCCUCAGCCUGGCCGAGCUGUACCACCUGGGCUGGAAGAAAGCCAAAGAGAGGUGCUCCCGCUCUUACAAAGCCAGCCCCAGCACAGCCCCCGGCAGGCUGGAGUCUGCCCCACAGGCGGAGAGGGCACAGAUGUACACCCCGCCCCCGGAUUUUAACCAGUGCCUGUCGAGUCCCAACGGGAAGUUCAUCAGCCCCUUCAGCAACAAGAUGGCCUCCCAGCAGAACACCGCCAACUUCGCCACCGAGAGGGUCCACGGCCAGGAGGACGCUGCUGGGGAAGGGCCCUUCAUGAAGUCCAGCUACGUGGAGAGUCCAGAGGUGGCCAGUGAGUGUGCAGCACCCGCCUUCCCCGAGAGCUACUUCAAUGAGAAACGCCGGCUCAGCAAGGCCAGCCGUGCCAGCAGCAAGGCGAGGUCGGAUGAUUUGUCUGUGUGA